CAGAUAAAGACUGGCCUGAAAACAUUCGGAGAGCUUCUUCACACUCGCGCAGGAGACACAAAACAGCGUUAUAAUCCAGAAUGUUUCGCUGUGGAGUUUCGUAUCCGAGGUGCAGGUGGAUCCUGCCUCUGCUCCUGCUGUUUGCGAUUAUUUUCGACAUCAUCGCCAUCGCAGCGCAGUCCGGAUGGGUGGAGGACGAGAACGCGAAGACGCACUACGCCAGCAUGUGGAGGCAGUGCCGAGGCCGCAACGAUCAGUGGGAGUGCAAAUCCCUCAUGGAUCUCCCUUGGGCCCAGGCAGUCGCUGCUCUGAUGAUCAUAGGCCUCAUCAUCCUCAUCCUCGCCUUCGUCAUCUCAUUUGUGGCUCUCUGCUGUACCCUCAACAUCCCUCUGCUGCCUGUAGUUGGAUGCUUACUUAUUUUGGCUGUAAUCAUCCAGAUAAUCGCUCUGAUCAUCUACCCUGUCAAGUUCAAUGAGCAGAUCUAUGAAGGGUAUUAUGACUACACCUGGGCGUAUGGUUUUGGCUGGGGGGCGACCAUCUUGAUGCUGGGCUGCGGGAUCCUCUUCUACUGUCUCCCUCACUACGAAGAUGAGCUUGCUGGCUUGGCCAAGACCAAAUACAUCUACACCUCUGCCUGAAGCCCCAAAUACUCCUUUCUUUUAGAAAGGACAAUGUUAAGCCACCCAAGCCCUAAAAGUCUGUGCUCGCCGAUCU